CCCAACUCUGGUUAUCCAGAAUCCAACCUUUUGCAUCUUUUUUUGCAUCGUAAUGCUUCAUGUUCACCUGGUAACAGAAGACUUUUCUUGCAAUUUUUUUUUGGCUCGCUAAACCUCGCCACAAGCGAUCGUUGUCCCGUCAAGUUGCAGUUGGGCCCUAAUAACAAGGCUGAGACGCAACACGCAACUCGAAUCCUUCCGUCAACCAUCACUUGUGACCAGACAUCAGGCGUGUUGUAUCACCCAAUCGCCAAGGCCAUACGAGAGCCAACGGGGCGUAAGGCUGAGUUGUCAUCGAAAGCCCAUCACCUUCAGCUACCCAGGCAUCCAAACCUUGGAAGCAACCACCCAACUUCAUCUCCACAACGAAGCCGCAGCCACAUCGAAAGAGGACCUAACUCACUUUAUAUUCCAAACUUUUCUAUUCAGGUCAGAAAUACAGGCAGGCGCAACAAAAGAUGGUAUCGUUCACGAGAACACCACUCUUCGGCGGAGCUCUUAUCGUCGACCUGCCCAGCACCUUCGCCGACGUCAGCACAAUCCGCCAAGUCCCUGAUCACCAAGAAGUCUAUCUCGACAAAGACGGCUUCACAUCCAUCAUCUUCGACAUCACGGAGCGGGUCGGCCUCCCAGGUACAGGUCCCGCCGUCGAUGGCGCCGCUUUGACGACCCAUCUGGAGGACAUUGUUGCUAGUGAUAUCGAUACCGUGAAAGUGUGGAACACAUCCAACACGCAAUUUUCUAAACUCCCAGACGACAUCCCCGCCUACACGCUAAUGGCCACACAAACCCCACCGCCCCAACCAGGCUCCAAGAGCCCUGAUUUCACGGCCAUAGUACUCACUUUAAUCAGGCUGGAAGGCGAUAGAACGGAUAUCCUGGUCACGAUUAAUGUGCCGCACAUUAAGGGCGAGUAUACGGAGGAGGAGGUCGACAUGCAGGUUGGGAAGCAGGGAAAGUUGAUUGAGAAUGCGGUUGAGUAUGCGGCAAGGAUCUGGGAGACGUUUAAGAUUAAGGAUUGGGGAUUGUUUAAUGAGGUUUAGUUGGAGGGGUGAGGGGAGAGGGGGGGACUAGUGGAGGGAAGGGCAACGGUGCACGGUGACAUGCUUUUGAAUGAGUUUUCUGUGUUGGUUAGGCAUUUUCAUUGCGUCACUGGAUCGCGAUACUGAAUGAUGAGCCCGAGGUCUAGAAAUACACACAAUCUGCCAAAUAGAGAUCAAUGCCAAAAUGGGGGG